ACAAUCUGCAUGCAACUCCAGUGAGUUCAGAUGCCUUUCUGCAGGGCAGACUGAGGAGCUCAAUCAGACUCAAAUGAAGGAAGAAAAGUUCACAUAGGCAAGACUAGGCAUCAAGAACUAGGCAAGUGGACCAAGAGGAGGUGAGAGGAAUAUCAAGAGAGGAGAAUGGGCUCCCUGGUGAGCGGCACUACAUCUCCCCUCCUGACCUCCCUGCUGGCUUUGUUUUUGGGACUUUCUUCCGUCUCAAGUGAGGACUUAAGGGAGACAGACGCGCUGUGCAAUGCCGACGGCUGCCUGGCAGUUUACUUCCAGAGAAAGACAUUUUUGGACUCUUGGAGAGCCUGCAAGGAGAAAGGUGGAAACCUAGCCACCCUGAAACGCCAGGUGGACGCCGCCGCCAUCGAAACUCUCUUCACCUCUCUGAAUUUGCGACACUCGCGCACCAAGGUCCAAGUAUGGAUCGGCCUGCAGCGGCAACCCCGCCAGUGCACGUCCUCGCGGCUUCUUCGGGGUUUCUCCUGGACGACAGGGGAUCAGGACACAGAAUACACCAACUGGCAGAAAGACGACUCCCCCAGCACGUGCUCAGUGCCUCGCUGCGUGGUUAUGGGAUACAACAUUCAGGACCAGACUGACAACUUCAAAUGGCUGGAUGGGUCCUGCUCUGUCCCUGUGGAUGGUUAUGUCUGCCAUUAUUCCUACACAGGAAUGUGCCCUGCCUUGUGGAGUGAGGGGGCAGGCAAUGCCUUCUACGCCACGCCAUUUAACCUCCUAAGCACCCUUCUGACCCACGCCCCUCUUGGAUCUGUGGCGACCAUGCCCUGCCCUACAGAUCAACAGUCAGUACUCUGUCUAUUGAGGGAAGACGGUUCAGUGGGGUGGUCUAGAGAUUCCCCUCUCUGCUCCAACCCUCCAACAUCACACAACUGGUGCGAGCAAAACAAUGGAGGCUGCGAGCAUUUUUGCAAGCAAGCUGGUGCUCACUCCUUCUGCGAGUGCGCUGAAGGCUAUCAGCUCGCAGAUGACGGGCAGAGCUGUGACCUCUUGGACGGCUGUCAAGAUGCCAACUGCGAAUUUGAGUGUGUGCCCCUUUCAGAUCGGUACCGCUGCGCCUGUCCUGAUGGCUAUAUGCUGGCUCCAGAUGAACAUGGCUGCCUGGAUGUAGACGAAUGCCUUCAGAGUCCCUGUGAGCAUCGUUGUGUCAACACUCCUGGGACAUUUCAAUGUCAGUGUCAAGAGGGCUACCAGCUCGAUGACGAGGGUGGCUGCGAGGAUAUUGAUGAGUGUCUGAGCGAUCCAUGUGAACAUGCCUGUGACAACACUGAGGGCUCCUUUAUUUGCCACUGCCAUUUUGGGUUCUCCCCGCAGCCUGAGGACACCAGUCGAUGCCAAGACACUGAUGAGUGCCAGAUCCCAGGAAGAUGCCAGCAAAUGUGUGUGAACUACGAGGGCGGAUUUGAGUGCUAUUGCGAGGAAGGCUACGAACUUGUCAUGUCCGAUUCUUCCUCAUGUCGGAAAAUAGGCGACCAAUGGGCUGUCACCCACCAGCCUCGGCCUGCAUGGGAGGAGGACUACGAGUGGAAUCCACAGCAGGGUCACACUGAUUGGGUACCGGAGGUGGAGCAGACUCUGGACUGGUUGACUGACCUUCCCAAAGUUUUGGGUUCUGAUGUCAUUUGGGUGACCAGUGCUCCUCAGGAGGAACUUUUGAAUCCUGCUUCAGAGACACAGGAGGAAGGUGUUGCCAAUGGUGAUGAUGACAUGUUGGACAGGGGGCCGAAUCCUCAGUCUGAGCUGGACUUGUUAUCCUCCAUCACCAUCAGCACCACACCCACACCCACCAAUGCCGCCUUGUAUGUAGAUGAGAAGGAAGAAGAGGAAGAGACCACUCCUUUCCCCUUUUUUUCCACCUCUACAAUCUCGGAAGGAGCUUGGAAUUGGUGGGCUGGGUUCACAGCUGCUGACCAGAGCCGAGGAAAUCCAGAGGAUAAAGUCACUGACUCCUACAUGCUUACUGAUUCCAGCUACCACAAUCCACCCCAGGAAGAAACACCCUCAGUCAGGGGUAAAUCUGCAGAGGAGGAGAAGAAGGGGGAGGAAGUGGACUAUCCAGUGAUCCACACCCAAGCUACUCCCACUCAGGCCAUUCCCUCUCAGCCACCCACAAUCCGUCACGUAGAUUCUGUACAUGAGGGUGGGGGGCAGACUCAAAGUGGCAACUGGCUGCUGGUGGGCCUCUUGGUGCCAGUUUGCAUCUUCAUCGUUGUCAUGGUAGUUUUAGGUAUUGUCUACUGUACUCGCUGUGCUGUGCAGCCCCGCAGUAAGACCGGGACCGACUGCUACCACUGGAUCUCUGGCGCUCAUGACAAACAGGGGGUUGCUAGCCCCUCAGCCGGGGUCAAGAGUCAUGUUUAGGUCGACGGCAUCCAAAGUGACAUUCACAUAUACAGACUCUGAGGGGAUGUAACAUCAUCCUGGACUUUGCUGUUUAUUGUCUGUUAUUUAGGAGGUGAGACACUGAAAACCACUGAAUUUGUUUUCUUUGGCUAUACUUGGAUGUUCAAUACACUGACCACAUGACUGCUUGACGUCCAAUUGCUUCCUGAUUGCUCUAAAUGAGGAACGCUCAUGGUUCAUUUCACCAUUUACACCAAACGAGACACAAUACAUGAACUACUAGAUCUUAUCUGCAGUAGAUAAAACUCUUGCAAUUAUUGCUUUAGCCAAAGUUUGCUUUUAAAUAAUGUUCAUUUUUUACAGCAUUGCUUAUUCAGCAUUCUGCAGCUUUGCUUUUCAUAGUCAGACAAGUAUCCCAAGUGAAAUUCACAGGAAUGUGCAGAAUGUCCACUUUAAGAGUACUUCUAUCUUCUUUUUUGGAUUUCCCUUUAAAAAAAACUUGGCAGUGUAGUGAUGUGAGGUGCACACAAAGCGUUGGAAGGAACCUUGAAAUUUGGCCGUCAGUCACACUGUAACCAGAUUUCUCUCUCCGAGCCUGGAAUGUUCUGCGACCAUGUUGAAUCACAUCCAGCUGUUGGAGGCUUCAUGCUCGUUUGAAACCAUCCAAAAAGACAAUCAUACCCUUGUAACAUGUUUGGAAAGGAAAUAGUAAUUAUCACACGACACGAUGAGGCUCAUUCCAGAAUUCAAUUUAAAAUGUAAAAAAAUAUAUAUUUUUAAAUUAUUUUAAAAAAUAAACAUUCUCUCUCUCAAUUUUCUCAUAUGUAUUCAUUAAUAAUGGGUAAUGAACUUGAUUGGCAUCAAAUGCAUAAUUUUGUUAUUUGUUUUAGUUUUUACUUGCUAUACAGUCGUCCCUCGCAAUAUCACGUUUUUUGUAGAAAUUAAUUAUUGGUAGCUGUUUCGUGGUAGACUAUGGUCUAUUAUUAGUCAAAACAUAUUGAAAUACAAGUGUUAUGUUGUAGUAUGACCACUUGGUGGCAGUAAUGUCACAUUGAUGAGGCAUCCAUCCUUAACACAUUACCUUAUCUUGCACUCAAUGUAGCCGGCCAUUGAUGCAGAGGGAA